GAUGCUCAUGCGCUCUUGGCGGGCAACGCCGUGGAGCAGACCAACGUGCUCCAGCUCGUGGCGCGCGUUCUGCUGUUCAACGGCGUGCACCCGGAUGUCGUGGAGGCUAGUGGUGAUCCUUCCGAGAUCUUCGCGCAGGUAAUGAGUGGGAAGUACACGAGCCCUAAGAACGCGUUGCCCGCGAAGCCGAAUGUGCCACUGCCAAAGCUGGAAGAAGCAGUGCCAGACAGCAAGCAGCUGGAUCGUGGCAAGUUCGGGUGGCGGAAUCCCAUUGCUGGCUACUGCUACACUGUGGUGUGGCAGCCGACAAAGGACCGCAACAUUGGCAACAAGCAGGCACGCGGGCAGUAUGACAUCCUCACUCUCCGAACCGGUUACAAGCACAACGCCGUGCCGACUGCUGUGGGUCUGCGGUCGAAUGACGCAUCCGAGAGGAAUGAGCACAUGAUGGUGUUCAUGACGACGCAGGACCAUGGGAUGAACUAUUCCGCGACCGUGAUGAACGUCCAGCACACCAUCGGAGGAGUGGUCGCCGCGAAUCUGCGAAAGCUUGUCUUCGUGCAAUUUGGCGAGCCGGCGGCCUCGGUAGCGGACGAUGUUGAGAUCAUCUCGUCCUGUAUUCUUGCUGACUGCCUGGCUGACACGGUGAAAUAG